GGAAUACGCGCCGGUUUUUAUUUAGACAGUUGUGUUGUUGUGUAAGCCGUACUUCGUGGAGUGAAGUGAGUCAUCUCCCUUGAACAUGUAAUUAAAACUGUUUAUGGUAUUGUUCGAGUAACCAGACAUACAGGAUAUUUACUGGCAGUUUUGCUGAUACAUCAAUUAUCGAGAAGGACAACAGAUGAUGAUAUAAGAUGAAACUGCGAACGACAUUCUCAUUUGGGAAGCACAUGAAGGAGUUGGGCAUCAUGGUGAUUGGUGGUACGCUGGUGUUUGUCGGCUUUGAGACAGUAUCAGGAAAUGAGAAGUUCUAUAGACAAUUGUUGAUGCCAGCUAUGCAUGUCCUGGGUGCUGAGACAGCCCAUAGACUAGCAGUAAAGGCUGUCAAGUACAAGCUGGUGCCCCGACAGUGGAAACCAGACCCACCUUCUCUGAGUACAACUGUAUUUGGCAGAAAGUUUGACAACCCUGUUGGGCUGGCAGCAGGGUUUGACAAAGACGGUGAGGCUGUUGAGGGACUCUUGGCUAUGGGUUUUGGCUUUGUGGAGGUUGGAAGUGUAACACCGCAGCCUCAGCCUGGUAAUCCCCGCCCCCGCGUGUUCCGUCUUCCAGAGGAUAAAGCUGUCAUCAACAGAUAUGGCUUUAACAGUCAGGGGCACGCAGCGGUGAUCCAGAGACGGAUACGGGACAGGGAGAGGCCAGGAGCCACGCAGGGGUUGGUGGGUGUCAAUCUUGGCAAGAAUAAAGAGUCAUCCUCCCCAAUAGGGGACUAUGUGGAGGGGGUGAAACAGUUUGGAGGUGUGUCCGACUACCUUGUCGUGAACGUGUCCAGUCCCAACACACCUGGACUGAGGGACAUGCAGGGCAAGGAGCGACUGGAAAAACUACUGGACCAAGUGGUAGCGGCUAGGGACAGUCUAAAGAAUGACCAGAAACCACCCAUCCUUGUCAAGAUUGCUCCUGACCUCACACAAAAGGACAAGGAGGAUGUGGCAGCAGUAGUGACCAAGCGGGAGGGCUAUAUAGACGGGCUCAUUAUAAGUAACACAACAAUCUCACGGCCAUCCAGUUUACAGAGUGGCCACAAGACAGAGACUGGUGGACUAAGUGGGGCCCCUCUUCGGGCACUGGCUACGGACACCAUAUCAGACAUGUAUAGACUGACCAGGGGUACACUGCCCAUAAUAGGUGUAGGAGGUAUCUCCACUGGUCAAGAUGCUUAUGAAAAAAUCAGAGCCGGAGCUAGUCUUGUACAGUUGUACAGUGCACUAAUAUAUGGCGGACCACCAGUAGUCAAAAAAAUUAAGCGGGAACUUGGACAGAUACUAGAGGCGGACGGCUUCUCAUCUAUUGCAGAAGCUGUUGGUAAAGACCACAAACCAACAUGAUAUUUUAUUUAUUAUGAUGAGGAUUAAAUUGUCCAAGUAAUUAUAUAUAGAUAACCUGAUCAAUAAAAUUGAUUUUCGUCACAUUGAGUAUUGG